ACUACGGGUUGGGCGGCUGCGAUUGUUUAUGUUCGCAAGACGCGUCCCGGGGGGCUUCCCUAAGCUACAAUUCACAACAACCACUCGCAGAUGUCUCUUCUGCACAUCUCCCAUGGCGCCACUCCAGUUCCAGCCACUCGCCUCCCAGCCAACCCCCGCCUUCUGGGCAGCCCUCGCAGCCCACAAACUCAACCACCUCAAGCUCGACGACUCCCACCUCCCCAUCACAGCCCAGAUCGAGCCCGCAAAGCGCGUCCUCAUCAACAAGGAGCGUGUGGACGAUACGGCGGACGUGGGGAUCGAUGGCUCGUUGGUCGUGGGCGGCGACGCGUUCGAGGCGGAGCGCGGUAGAUUGCCACCCAACGCCGUCUCUGUCACCGGCACGCUCAAGAUAUUCAACACGAUUGAGGAAUUCAAGGAUACGUCUGCCAAAAAGCGGCUCUUUGAUGAUCUCGUCUCCCAGAUGCUCGAAUCGUUCGACACUGAUCGACCCGUGCUCAACCCUUUUCUACUCGUCACUUUUGCAGACCUGAAAAAGUAUGUGUACCACUAUUGGUUUGCGUUCCCUGCGCUCGUCUCGAGUCCGGCGUGGGUUAUGGAUGGAGAGUUUAUGCCUGUGGAUGAGAUUGAAGACAUUCGAAAAUUGGCACAGUCCCAUUUCCAACACAACACGACUGCUUUCCUCUUGAAAGGCGCUGCCCCUCAUCUAUCUGCGGCCCCAUUAUCUUCAUGCUCUACAUUCUACGACAAGACGCAAAGUGAAAUGGUGACCGUCGUCUUCCACGAUACGUCUUCCCUCCCUUCCAACCCAGGAUGGGGACUCCGUAAUGUGCUGUACUACCUCUCCGCCAAACACGGCAUCACCUCUCUCGUCGUCAUAUGUCUAAGGGAAGGUUCCUCCAGUACCCAAGCUUCCUUAUCUCUCUCUUCUCCCCCCUCGACCGCCCCGGCCAAACCACCCCAGGCGGUAGGCUGGGAACGUCAUCCGUCGGGUAAACUGUCCCCCCGGGUCGCAGAUCUGGGACCGAUGAUGGACCCUACCCGCCUCGCGGCGCAAGCUGUGGAUUUGAAUCUAAAGCUGAUCAAGUGGAGACUCUUGCCGGCAUUGGAUUUGGACAAGAUAUCGGGCACGAGAUGUUUGUUGCUGGGUGCAGGCACGUUGGGGUGUUAUGUGGCUAGGAUCUUGAUGGGCUGGGGAGUCCGGAACAUUACCCUCGUCGAUUCAUCGACCGUAUCCUACUCGAACCCUGUCCGCCAACCGCUCUUCACAUUCUCAGACUGUCUCAACGGCGGGCUCCCCAAGGCACCUACGGCCGCAAAGAAGCUACAGGAGAUUUUCCCCGGUGUGAAUGCCCAGGGCGUGGUGCUCGGUAUCCCCAUGCCCGGGCAUCCGAUCUCGUCGUCAGAUGACGCGGUGGAGAAGGAUGUAGCGAAGCUGGAAGCGUUGGUGAAAUCGCAUGAUGCGGUGUUCUUGUUGAUGGAUUCGAGGGAAUCGAGGUGGUUGCCGACAGUGUUGGGGAGAAAGUGGGGGAAGGUGGUGGUGAAUGCCGCGUUGGGCUUUGACUCGUUCUUGGUCAUGCGGCAUGGGGCGGGAGCGGGAGCGGGAGCGAGGAGGAUCCAGUCGGAUGAAGGGGGGGUGGGGGAGAAAGGUUUAGGGUGUUAUUAUUGUAAUGAUAUUGUCGCUCCCACCGACAGUCUAAGCGAUAGAACAUUGGACCAGAUGUGUACGGUCACUCGACCGGGUGUGGCGCCGAUUGCGGCGGCGAUGGCGGUAGAGCUCUUGAUAUCUGUUUUACAGCAUCCUCUUGGGGUGCACGCUCCCGCCGAAAGACCGGAUACCGCGGAAACAAGCACAAGCACAAAAACGUCGCCUCUGGGAUGUGUACCGCAUCAGUUGCGGGGACAGAUGUAUCAGUGGAAAACACAGAUUGUAGAAGGCGAGGCGUUUGAUCGAUGUACCGGAUGUUCAGACUAUGUACUGAACGAAUACGAGACCAAUGGCUUUGCGUUCCUCCGACGGGUGUUUAAUGAAAAGGAUUAUUUGGAGAAAGUGACGGGUUUGGAUGAGUUGUACAGGGAGAGUGAAAAGGUUAUAGAGGGCAUGGAGGGGUUGGAUUGGGAUAGCGAGGGGGAAGAGUGAAUGGGGUUGUAUACAAGUUGGCUUUUAUGAUAAGAU